UGACACGGAUCUCUGAUCUCCGCUGGAGGAGCUGAGCGACAGAGCGGAGGGGCCCCGGGUUGUCUUCCAAUGCUGGGGAGCCGGGAAACAGGAACCGCGGGCUGCGGGGAGGCGGCUUCCGGGCCGCAGGGGCCGCUAAGCCGGGCACACCGCGGGAAGGAGACGCCUCUCGGCCGUCAAUGGUGUCGUCUCACCGGCCUGGUCAACUGGAAGCAGAGACCGUGCAGGACUUCAGCCCUGUUUGCUGCAGCCAACACGGUGAUCUGGUUCAUGGCCUUCAGCUCUUUCCGAGCCUACAGCCUCCUGGCCAGCCUGCUGGCUUUGCUGGUCGUCACGGUGACCGCCAGAGAUAUCGCUCGGUCCAGAUCCACAGGAGCUCACUUAUGGCGCAGCAUGACUGCAAGCUGGGAGAUCAUUGACUCAGGCCAGGACAGCCGCUCUGGGACUGGACCUCAGCUCAGCGACUCCCUCAACCUCUUCCUCCAGGAGACGUCGGCUUUCAAACAGCAAAACCCUGGCAAGUUCUGCCUGCUGGUUUGCAGUUUCUGCACCUUUUUUGCUGUCUUAGGACGCUACAUUCCAGGGAUUGUUAUCUCAUAUAUUCUAGUGCUGGGCAUUUUCCUGUGGCCUCUGAUCUCAUUUCACGAGGUCGGUUUGUGGCUAAAGCCAGUUCUGCAGAGGCUGGACUUUGGCAUCGGGGAGUUCCUUCGGAAAAUCCAAGAGAAACAUGAGAAGAGAAUGAUGCAGGCUCAGACUGAGAAAGAAGGCAUCGAGUCAGACCUCUCUUCCAUGUUUCCCAAGCUUGACUCCACAGUGUGUAAGGAAAUGUCUGUAUCAGACACAGAGGUGUCUGACGUGACGUGGACGGACAACGGUACUUUCAACCUGUCAGAAGGACACACACCACAAACUGAGAACUCAGAGGACUUUGACAGAGAAGAAGCGUUCCUUGGAGGCCUUCCAGAAUUCCCCUCACUUGACAACGGCACAACGACCAAUGGCGACGAUGACGAUGACUUCAGCCUCGGCCUUCCCUCGCCUUCACCUCAGCUGCCAAUCAAAUCCAAGCAUACACCCUCUCCUCACGAAGACCAAACCACCGACAAAGCCCUUGAAUUAGUCAACCAGAUGGCGGGCGACUUCAUCGCCGCUGCUGUCACAGCUGCCAUGCAGGAGAGAAUAGAAGCAGCGGUCGGCUUCACAGCGCUGAGCUCCAACACUACGCGGUCAAGACUCCCAGAUACCACCAGGCUGCUGGAGCUGGCUGAGGAGUCGGACAGCGAGGCGGAGGACUUUGAGCUGCUGGACCAGUCGGAGCUGGAGCAACUAGAGGGGGACCUGGGGCUGGGAGAGGAGAAGGCCCAGGCCAAAGAGGAGGAGGAGGAGAGUGACAAGCCGGCAUCUUCUGGAUUCUUUGCCAAACUCCUGAGACGCCACUGAUUGAUGAAAGGUACGAUCCGCGGGGUAGGACGACUUACCGAGGACGUGUGGACGGGAGAUGGGGGUGUUCUGGUCACAAAGGACUGUUGGGGAUAGUGAGAAAGCAAUGUUUCCAUUUAUCUUUAUCCCGUAGAGCUAUCAUCGACAUUUUAAAACUGGUCAGUUUGUCAAAGGUGAAAGUCAUGUUACUUUAAUCAGAAUCAUCCCAGAUUAAUGCCGUGAUCAGACUACACGAUAUCGGCCCCAUAAUGGCCCUGACCCAACAGACGUGGCUACGAAAUGGGGUGUUGGGUGUCUUGUUUUAUCCUGCGUAGUGUGUGAUAGUGAAAGAACUGGGACGCCUCACAACAUCCUGACCUAAAGAGGACUGUGUCAUUCCUUCUUUUACCGAGUUUAACAACACCUACAACAUGUGCCAUCAAGUUGAUGUGAGCAGAAUGAAACACAAGUGAACAGUGUUCACUAAAAAAACAUAUAGGGGGCCUGUGCAAUCUGCAUGUGUCUCUGCUUAUUUAUUUAUUUUUUAACAUUUAUUUGGUUACUUGUCCGCCCCUACAGUUUUUGCCCUUAUUGCCCAGAAGCCAGCUCAGAGCAAAUUUGAUUAGCCUACUGGUCCAUAAUGGUCCAUGACCGUUAUGAAAUACAAACAUAUUGUGUAUUCUGAUCCCGGCAUAAACAUGUUGAUGGUUUAGGGCUUGUUUAGUUGUAAUUGUAAAAACUACUGCUGCCAAAAUGUCAGCUCACAACACCCCUAACACUCACUUUGACGCUGAAUUGAUUAAUCCAACUACAUUACCCAGAAUUCCACAGGCAUAAAAUCAAAUGACAAUCAAUAGGCAAUCAAAACACCUUUAAUACUCAAAAUACUACUACUGGUUGGAUAGUUGACUAUGAGGAUUCAUAAAAUAGGAAACCUUUUAAUUUUUUUUAUUUCCUUUUUUAAUUUUAUAUGUACUUUUUCAUGAAUCAUUUAUGUAGUCAUUGGGCUUUUAUUUUAUAACAACAUGCAGCAGGUCUCCAAAUACUAUGCAUGGAAAUCUCAACUUGAGACAUAUUUAAACAUCUAACCAUUUUACUUUCAGUGCUUGCAGACCAAGAAUUUCAAGUGGCUCAUUGUGGCGGUGAGUGGGCAUAGAGAAAAAAACAAAAACCAAAUCCAAAACACUUACCAGACUCAUAUUUUGCUAACAGGUUCGUCUUCAGCUGAGAGGCUCAAUCAACAUUCAGUGAAUGUUUUUUUUUUUUUUUUUUUUUGGAGAAAUAUCUCCCAACAAAGUCAGAUGCUGGCCUUGGGAGUUACAUUCCUACAAAGCCACUGCACAAUACUCAUAGUGGAAAAUGGAGUUCAAGCCUCAGGAGCAUCUCAUUUUAAAGUUGUGUCUAUUUUUCUGGCUUCAUCAUUUAGUCAGCUGAUAAAUUUCCCAUUUAAAUCUACAUUAAGCAAAUGUUGACCGAUUGGGGGCAAAAAGUUUGAAGAAAAGUGCAUCAGAAAUAGACAAAACCUACAGCAACAGAAGGGACACUACCUGUAUUCGGUUAGACUAUAUAUAAUUGGGACCAGGCUCGACUUAAGUCCCUGGUCAAGUCUCGGCUACUAGGAACCAAGUAAACCCACGAAGACCUCUGCUCCUCAGCUGCAACACAUUCUCAUCCAUACACGUCACAUACUGACAUUUUGUCAUUGGCGUCAUUUGUCAACGCACUGGGUAGCCUCGUGCUUCAAACUGUGAUGCUUUACUACGGUCGGUGUAAACUUGUGUUUAAUGUCAAGACCUUAAACAAAACUACUUGGUUCGGUUUAGGCAAAAAAA